AUGACCAUCUGUACAGGUUACAAUGCAUUCAAAAAUGACAGAAGGCCUACAAAUUUUGAUAAAAAGGUGUUAUUAUGGGCAGGACGCUUUAAAAAGGAAGAGGACAUUCCCAAGCAUAUAUCGUCUGAAGUCCUCGACGCAGCAAGGAACAGCGUCAGGAUAAAGGUUUGCUACAUCAUGAUUGCAUUGACCUUGCUGGGCUGUUUGGCCAUGGUAAUCAGAGGCAAAGAAGCUGCUAAAAAGGAUCACACGCUGCUGAGGAUGAACAUAGAAAAGAAGGCCAAAUGGAGAGCUGAAGAGGAGAAAGAUGAAGAGGCAGCUAUUGCAAAGCCACAAUGA